CAUUGUUUGGCGCCGCACCGUCAUUUUGACGCCACAAAUAUAUAUAAUCUAAAUCAAUUCAUUCUCCUCCUUGUUCAAUUCUUAAACGUUAAACCUGGAAUGUCGUCGCAAGCACAUUCCGACGCGCAAUUAACCAUCGUUGAACGCGCUUUAUCCGCCGCCGGCGCCGCUUUCAUCUCCGCCGUCAUCGUCAAUCCACUCGAUGUCGCCAAGACAAGACUUCAAGCGCAAGCUGCUGGAGUUCCCUACCAUGACGUUUAUCAAAUUCAUCCUUCUUUUCAAACUAACACCGUUUUAAACAAUAUCAAAUGUACUACACCGGCAUAUAAAGGGACUAUAGAUGUACUCUACAAAGUUACACGUCAGGAAGGAUUUACCAGAUUGUGGAGAGGCACAAAUGCUAGUUUGGCAUUGGCCAUGCCAAGUGUUGGAAUUUAUAUGCCUUGUUAUGAUAUCUUCCGCAACUUUAUGGAGGAGUAUACAACUCAAAAUUCUCCAGAUUUAACGCCUUAUGUUCCAUUAGUAGCAGGAUCACUUGCACGCUCAUUGGCUUGCAUUUCCUGUUAUCCUGUAGAACUUGCAAGGACUCGCAUGCAGGCAUUUAGAGUAACACAAGGCGCCAAACCUCCAGGUGUAUGGAAGACAUUACUUGGAGUCAUCAACCCAGACAAGGGAACAAGUAUUCUUCAAAACUUACACAGGUACCGUUUCUGGUGGACUGGGCUUGGAGCACAACUUUCUAGGGAUGUUCCAUACUCUGCAAUUUGCUGGUCAACCCUUGAGCCGAUAAGGAAAAAACUUCUUGGAUUUGUUGGUGAAGAAGCAAAUGCCACUACUGUCCUUGGGGCUAAUUUUUCUGCUGGUUUUAUAGCAGGAACUUUAGCAUCCGCUGCCACGUGUCCACUGGAUGUGGCAAAAACCCGACGACAGAUAGAGAAGGAUCCUGAAAGGGCAUUAAAGAUGACUACAAGAACAACAUUGCUUGAAAUUUGGAGGGAUGGAGGAUUAAGGGGGUUAUUUACCGGCAUUGCUCCCCGUGUAGGUCGGGCUGGUCCAUCUGUUGGAAUAGUUGUCUCCUUUUACGAAGUUGUCAAGUAUGCCUUAAAUGAUAGACAUUCAACUUCAUCAUAGAAGAUACUUGCAUUCAUCAGCCAGGCUAUUUUCUAGAGGUCUUCUAAUUCCAUUUUUAAACUUAGCUUAAUAAUUGAUUGCAUCAAAGACACUAGUCUCAGCUUCAGAAUACGUUCCUGACAUCGCAAGAAGUCGGAACUCGAGAUGCAACUGGACACUCAGCAAUGGACAUCUGCUAAUAAUCCAGCAACAGUCUUUUUCAUGCCUAGUUUUCCUUUGGAUAGGGUUCAAUUUUCAUCAUUACAUUUGUAACCUUAUGAGGAAAAUUAAUGAGUGUCAUUAUUCAAAAUUACAUUUGAGAGUUGAGACAGAGCCAGCCCUAAACAGCAAGGUGAUGAUAAGUUUGUGCAGUGAAAAAAGGUUAUUUAUUUAUUUUGGUAAAAAAAGAAAAAAGGAAUUCACACAA